GGCUGCUGGCAGGCAGCUGAGCGGUCUCCCCGGCGCCCGCGUCCAGCUCUCCACAAUGCUCUGGCUUCGGAGGGACUGGCUUCUCCGUCACACCAAGUUCCUGUGGAAGUGGUGCCAGUCCUGCGUGCUGCCCGCGUCCCCGGCCCACCGGCCUCACAGGCUGAGGAUGGAGGCGUCCUGCCUCGAGCUGGCGCUUGAAGGGGAGCGUCUGUGCAAGGCUGGAGACUUCAAAGCCGGGGCAGCCUUCUUCGAGGCAGCUGUGCAGGUGGGGACGGAGGACCUGAAGACUCUCAGUGCCAUCUACAGCCAGCUGGGCAAUGCUUACUUCUACCUAAAGGAGUAUUCAAAAGCCCUGGAGUACCACAAGCACGACCUCACGCUAGCCAGAACCAUUGGGGACCGGAUCGGAGAGGCCAAGGCCAGCGGCAACCUCGGGAACACAUUGAAAAUCCUCGGGCAGUUUGAUGAAGCAGUCGUGUGCUGCCAGAGACACCUGGAUAUAUCUCAGGAGCAGGGAGACAAGGUGGGGGAAGCCCGAGCGCUGUAUAACAUUGGCAAUGUUUACCACGCCAAAGGGAAGCAGCUGUCUUGGAGCGGGGCCCAAGACCCAGGCUACUUGCCUGAGGAAGUCAAGGAGACGCUCCAGAAAGCUUCAGAGUAUUACGAGAGAAACCUGUCUCUGGUGAAGGAGCUGGGGGACAGGGCCGCGCAGGGCCGUGCCUACGGCAAUCUUGGCAACACCCAGUACUUGCUCGGCAACUUCAGCGAAGCCAUCGCUUUCCACAAAGAGCGCCUCGCCAUCGCCAAGGAGUUUGGGGACAAGGCGGCCGAGAGGAGAGCGUACAGCAACCUGGGCAACGCGCACAUCUUCCUCAGUAGGUUCGACAUCUCAGCAGAGUACUACAAGAAAACCCUCCAGCUGUCCAGGCAAUUGAAAGACCAAGCGGUAGAAGCUCAGGCUUGCUACAGCCUUGGAAACACCUACACGCUGCUCCAGGAGUACGAGAGAGCCAUCGAGUACCAUCUAAAGCACCUGCUGAUUGCACAGGAGCUGGGUGACAGAGUGGGAGAAGGAAGAGCCUGCUGGAGUCUCGGAAAUGCCUACAUCUCCCUGGGGAACCACGAGCAAGCCCUGCACUUUGCACAGAAACAUCUUGCAAUAUCCCAAGAGAUCGGGGACUGGAACGGGGAGCUGACAGCUCGCAUGAACAUGGCCCAGCUGAAGGCCGCCCUCGGCAUGGUGCUGGGCGACGAGGAUGGAGACUGCUCCCGCCACUACACUGGCUAUGAAGCACAAGGAGCCAGGCCUAAAAGGAUCCAGAGGAGCAGCAUGGACAGCUUGGACCUCAUGAAGUUCCCCUCUGAAAAGGAGCAGAACGGAGACAGCCACCACAUGGGUGACCUGAAGCUGGCGGGAAAGGACUUCUUGCCCCUGCCUGUGAGAUCCAAGAGGUACCGGGAGAACCAGCCCGGUUCGGAGAGGAAAUCCCAGGAGUCCAGCACGUCCCCCCUGGAUACCAGAGAUGUCCGAGUCCACGUGUCUCAGUCGAAGAUCCCGCGGACGCCGUCAGACGAGGAUUGCUUCUUUGACCUGCUGAGCAAGUUCCAGAGCAACCGAAUGGACGACCAGCGCUGCCCGCUUGAGGAAAGCCAAACCGAGGCCGCUGAGGCCGCUGCCACCCCCGUGCCCGCCUUGGAAGAAAGAAUAUCGCAGUCCUCCCUCAUGGCAUCCCCGCAGACGGAGGAGUUUUUCGACCUCAUUGCCAGCUCGCAGAGCCGCCGGCUGGACGACCAGCGUGCCAGCGUGGGCAACCUGCCUGGCCUCCGCAUCACACACAACAACCUGGGGCACCUGCGCGUGGAGGGCGAUGCCCAGGAGCCGGGGGAUGACUUCUUCAACAUGCUCAUGAAGUGCCAGUCGUCCCGCAUCGACGACCAGCGCUGCGCCCCGCCGGACACCAUCCCCCGUGGCCCCACCAUGCCGGACGAAGAUUUCUUCAGCCUCAUCCAGCGGGUCCAGGCCAAGCGCAUGGAUGAGCAGCGGGUGGAUCUGGCCACAGCCCAGGAGGAGGCGGUACCCAAGGAGCUGCAGCCGCAGCCUCCGCCGCGGCCCGCUGGCAUGGAGCACCAGGGCAUUGCGGCGGUGGAUGGAGAGAAGCCGCGAGGGGCCAGGUCUUAG